AUGGCCCAGCUAUACUACAAAAAGGUAAACUAUUCACCAUACAGAGACCGGAUCCCAUUGCAGAUUGUGCGAGCAGAGGCAGAGCUCUCGCUGGAAGAGAAGGCCUAUCUCAUUGCUGUGGAGAAGGGGGACUAUGCCAGUGUGAAACAUGCCUUGCAAGAGGCUGAAAUCUACUACAACAUCAACAUUAACUGUAUGGAUCCUCUCGGACGCAGUGCCCUUUUAAUAGCCAUAGAGAAUGAAAACCUGGAGAUCAUGGAGUUACUGCUGAGCCACAGUAUUUACGUGGGAGAUGCUCUGUUGUAUGCAAUACGGAAGGAGGUGGUUGGAGCCGUGGAGCUGCUUCUGAGUUACAGGAAGCCAAGUGGUGAAAAGCAGGUCCCUACCUUGAUGAUGGACACCCAAUUUUCAGAAUUCACCCCUGAUAUCACCCCAAUAAUGUUGGCGGCCCACACCAACAACUACGAAAUCAUCAAACUGCUUGUCCAAAGACGGGUAACAAUACCGCGCCCCCACCAGAUCAGAUGCAACUGCGUGGAAUGUGUCUCCAGUUCCGAGGUGGACAGCCUGAGGCAUUCCAGGUCAAGGCUGAACAUCUACAAAGCCUUAGCCAGCCCUUCGUUGAUUGCCUUAUCGAGUGAGGACCCUAUUUUGACAGCCUUCCGGCUGGGCUGGGAGCUGAAGGAGCUCAGCAAAGUGGAGAAUGAGUUCAAGGCUGAAUACGAAGAGCUUUCCCAGCAGUGCAAACGUUUUGCUAAGGACCUUUUGGACCAGGCACGGAGCUCCAGGGAACUGGAGAUCAUUCUCAACCACAGGGAUGAUCAGAGCGAGGAGCUGGAUCCCCAAAAAUGUCAUGAUUUGGCAAAGCUAAAGGUAGCAAUAAAGUAUCAUCAGAAAGAGUUUGUUGCUCAGCCAAACUGCCAGCAGCUGUUAGCUACACUUUGGUACGACGGCUUUCCAGGAUGGAGGCGGAAACACUGGGCAGUCAAGCUCUUGACCUGCAUCACCAUUGGACUGCUAUUUCCUGUGCUUUCUGUGGCAUAUUUAAUUGCACCUAAGAGCAGGCUGGGACUGUUCAUUAAAAAGCCAUUUAUAAAGUUUAUCUGCCACACCGGUUCUUACCUUACCUUCCUCUUCAUGCUACUUCUGGCAUCGCAGCACAUUGUCAGGACUGAUCUCCAUGUGCAGGGGCCACCUCCCACCGUCGUUGAAUGGAUGAUCCUACCCUGGGUUCUAGGUUUUAUUUGGGGAGAAAUCAAGGAGAUGUGGGAUGGUGGAUUCAAUGAGUAUGUACAUGACUGGUGGAAUCUGAUGGACUUUGCAAUGAACUCACUCUACCUUGCAACUAUCUCCCUGAAAAUUGUUGCUUAUGUCAAGUAUAAUGGUUCUCGUCCAAGGGAGGAAUGGGAAAUGUGGCACCCGACACUCAUUGCAGAAGCUCUCUUUGCAAUAUCCAACAUUUUAAGUUCCUUGCGUCUCAUAUCCCUGUUUACAGCAAACUCCCACCUGGGCCCCUUGCAGAUCUCUCUGGGACGCAUGCUGCUAGACAUCCUCAAAUUCCUUUUUAUCUACUGUCUGGUGCUUCUGGCUUUUGCCAAUGGACUGAACCAGCUUUAUUUUUAUUAUGAGACCAGUGCCUCGGAGGAACCCAACAACUGCAAGGGGAUCCGAUGUGAGAAACAGAACAAUGCCUUCUCCACACUUUUUGAGACCCUCCAGUCGCUCUUCUGGUCCGUGUUUGGUCUGUUGAAUCUCUACGUCACCAACGUGAAGGCUAGGCAUGAGUUCACGGAGUUUGUCGGGGCCACCAUGUUCGGAACGUACAAUGUCAUCUCCCUGGUCGUGCUGCUGAACAUGCUCAUAGCCAUGAUGAACAACUCCUACCAGCUCAUCGCUGACCACGCGGAUAUUGAGUGGAAGUUUGCACGGACAAAGCUGUGGAUGAGUUACUUUGAUGAAGGUGGCACUCUGCCACCUCCAUUUAAUAUUAUUCCAAGUCCCAAGUCAAUCUGGUAUCUUUGUAAGUGGAUCCACAAUCAACUGUGCCCAGACAUGGACUCUGAGGAUGAACAGAAGAGGCAUGAAAACCUAAAAACAUUCACAGAACGGCAUGCUGACAACCUGAUUCAGAAUCAACAUUACCAGGAAGUGAUCAGAAAUCUAGUGAAAAGAUAUGUUGCAGCAAUGAUACGAAAUUCCAAAACCAACGAGGGAUUAACUGAAGAAAAUUUUAAGGAAUUAAAGCAGGACAUAUCUAGCUUUCGCUAUGAAGUUCUUGACCUCUUGGGAAACAGGAAACCCCAGAGGAGAAGUUACUCUACUAGCAGCACAGAGGUCUCCCAAAAGGAUGAAACCAAUGAGGAUGGUGCUGGAGAAAAAGCUAAAGCCAAGAGUGUUUCUUUCAAUAUAGACAACAAGAAAAAAGAUUUCAAGGUGUCAGCUCUGAUUAAAACUAUGUCUGGGAUCGAAAUUGUGGAAGAGAAACCAAAAAGCAACGGAAUAAAUAAGCGCUCUUUCGUCCGAAACGGGAAUAGGGUUCAGAGACUUUCGAGCUCCAAGAAAGAGUCUUUCAAAAGACUGGGUCUCCUCUUCUCGAAGAUGAAUGGACAUGUGCCUGAGCCAAAUUCAGAGCCUAUGUACACUAUUUCAGAUGGAGUUAUUCAGCCACAUUACAUGUGGCAAGACAUUAAAUAUUCUCAGAUCGAUAAAGAGAGAGAAGAGAACUGUUCCAAAAGUGAAAUUAACCUCAAUGAGGUGGACUACAGUGGGAACAUGAGACUUACUGGACAGAGCAAGGAAUGUCCUAUGGUUUGUACCAGCUCUCUUCACUGUGCUUCCAAUAUUUGUUCCUCUAAUUCCAAACUUAUAGACUCCACCGAGGAUGUGUUUGACUCCUGGGGAGAGACCUGUGACUUGCUUAUAAACCAGUGGAAAGAUGGGCAGGAAGAUCAUAUUACAACUCGGCUAUAAGUAAAGCUAUUAAACACCUGCUAGAGAACAUAGCUAAAUAUUUGUAAUUGUUUGCUAUCACCGAUGAUUCAGAGUCAGGAUUCCCUUUCGGUCCCUAGCAUCGGGUGUAGAACUCUAGUUAUUUUAGCCUGUUUUAUAGCCACCUUUACCACAUUUUUUUAUUUGCCUUUUUACACUCACCGAUGCUGAACUAUUUACCAGUUUGGGCCAAUUUUAAGGAUGUUCAAUACUAAGCAGCAGAGGUGCAGACUGCUGUUCCCUACCAAUUGUUAUGCUUAGCCUGUAUGCGCUUACUGUAACCCCCAAGGUUCUUUUACUGAUGCAGAUCAAGUCUUCAGAUCCCAUAAACCUCAGACAUUUUGGUGGCAGAGUAAAGGACCUGUAUAGUUUCUUUC